AUGGUGUACAUAAACUACCAUAUUACAAGCUUUCAGUCCAAGGGGAAGCAGUCAGGUGUGCCAAAGGCAUGUUUAUUGCACUCGGCCGCGGGGCAAAGUCCUGCGGUGGGGCUCGUGCACACCGCCAACUGUUCGGUGUUCGCCGCACGCCGCAUCGCUCGCCCGGACCUGCACGCACUGCCCCGCCUCGGAGCGCCAGGUCGGGAGCACGCUGCUCACCCUCUCCGCGUGGCAAUGAACGAGCCCCAGGAUGGGGCCCCGCACAGGGCCGGGCACGUGGUCCCCCUGGAGGGACCGUCAGCAUCUGUGGAACUGAAGAGAGACCCUGAUCCUCGUGUGCAGGAGGAGGUCUGUCCUGUAUGUGGGGACCGAGUGUCAGGGUACCACUAUGGGCUGCUGACCUGUGAGAGCUGCAAGGGCUUCUUCAAGCGCUCUGUGCAGAAUAACAAGCGCUACAUCUGUGCGGAGAGGCAGAGCUGUCCCAUGGACCUGGCCCAGAGGAAGCGCUGUCCGUACUGCCGCUUUCAGAAGUGCCUGGCCGUGGGCAUGAGGAGAGAGGCUGUGCGUGCAGACAGAAUGAGAGGCGGACGAAACAAACUCGGACCCCUUUAUCGUCGGGACAGGCAACUGAAGCAGCAGAAGGGGGGAUCCCAGCAGACAAGCACCGAGCUCUACGGGAUCAAACUGGAAGCAGUGCAGGGUCCUUUACCUGCCCUGCCGCACGACUUUCACCUCCUGCCCAGCCCCUUCUCCGCACCUCUUGGACCUGACCCCUUCCACCAAUCACAGCACCUUCCUCCCAGCAACAGCCAAUCAGAGCUCCCCGCGGCACUGGACUGCAGCAUGGUCAGAGACAGAGCGCUGGCCGAUCCGCCCCUCCCCUAUGCUGGACUGUACCACCCCGGCUUCCACGGUUACCCUCAUGAGAAAAGGGAGGUGCCUUUCAGCUACAGCCCCGCCUGCGGAACACCGCCAACGCCAGCCACACCGCACGUGCUCUCCAGCACCGUGAACACGCCCAUCUCCAGGCACACGCCCACAUCCAUGCUCACGCCCAUCUACCCGCGCGUGCCCGCCUCGGGGCUGACCCCACCCCUUCAGCAUGACUCUGGCUGCUUCCUGGGUGAGCUCCUGCAGGGCGAGCCGGACGAGGCGCAGGUGUGCGCGCGCGUGGUGGCCAGUUUGCGCAGGGAGCAGGCCAGCCGCGGAAAACACGACCGCCUCAACACCUUCAGCAUCAUGUGCAAAAUGGCCGACCAGACCCUGUUUGGCCUGGUGGAGUGGGCACGCAACGGCGCACUGUUCAAGGAGCUCAAGGUAGUGGAUCAGAUGGUGCUUCUGCAGAGCUGCUGGAGUGAGCUCCUGGUCCUGGAUCACCUGUGCCGGCAGGUGGCUUAUGGAAAAGAUGGUAGCAUCUACCUAGUUACCGGGCAACAGAUUGCAGUGUCGACGGUGCUGUCCCAGGCGGGAGCGACGCUGAGCAACCUCGUCUCCAGGGCGCAGGACCUCGUGGCGAAGCUCAGAGUCCUUCAGCUAGACAGAUCGGAGUUUGUCUGUCUCAAGUACCUGGUUCUUUUCAACCCAGAUGUGAAGUUGGUGCAGGAUCGCCGGCAGGUGGAGCGCACACAGGAGCGGGUGAACAGGGCUCUGAUGGAGCACACGGCACGCACCCACCCAGGUCACUCGGACAAGUUCGGCCAGCUGCUGCUCCGGCUCCCCGAGGUGCGCAGCAUCAGCCUGCAGGUGGAGGAGUACCUGUAUCAGCGCCACCUGCUGGGUGACCUGCCCUGCAACUCCCUACUCACAGAGAUGCUGCAUACCAAACACACUUGAGCCACUGGUAGAAAAUACAAACCACAAAGCUCUUCCAUUGCAGGAUGUCUAAUACAAACAGCGGUGAAUAAAAUGCUUAAUUGUAUUCCACCCCUACCCCAUCACCUUGUUAUUAAUGAUGACAGAUUUGACUCAGCAACCCCAAGCAUUUCUGGGUGCAGUGCGAGUGUUUCUGCUGUUAAAGGCUUCCGCUGUCAGUAAACUCACACUAGAUGGUGACACAUUAACGAUCAAUGUCCAGGAAACACGUGUACUUCAGAUUAAUGUGGAUCUGUGUAUGCAAUGUAUCAGUCAUUUCUAUUUAUCAUUCAAUGACAACA